GAUGAGAAGCCCGGUCUGAAAAUGGAGCCGAAAUCGCUGAAUUGGAACACCUCCGGGGGCGUACAAAAAGUGUAUCUAACAAACGCAAGCGACGAGCGCCGAGCCAUAAAAGUGAAAUGUUCCGACAACAACUUAUACCGCGUGAAUCCUGUAUUUGCAUUCAUUGAGCCAGGCCAAGUACUGAACGUCGACGUCGUGCGACAAAACGGCGGUGCAAAGGCUGACAAAAUGGUUUUCGUUUGGUCUAAGGCAAGCGAUACUGACCACAAUCCUCAGCUGCUGUUCAAUGAUGUAUCGUCAUACGCGAUGUCCGUGCUACCACUCAUUGUAAACGCCCCAGCGAACUAA